AUGGGCGUGUCCGCAGAUAUCCCUCGCCCUUACUCGCACUCGCCCGCACUCGAUACCUUCCCCGUCGUCCCGAUACCUCACGCCAUCGGCAUGAUCCAGGUCGGGCAGAGCCAAGUGGCCGGUCUCGACGACCGCAAGUUCCUCCUCGAGGAGAUCGUCACGGUCCUCGCCAAGCUGCCGCCGGGUGCGCCGAUCGGGACGACCGUCACCAACGCCCUCCUGCGCGUCCUGUGGGACGACAUCCCCAAGCCGCCGGCGACCCUCGUCGGCGACUACCGCUACCGCGAGGCCGACGGCAGCAAGAACAACAUCUUCCUCCACGACCUCGGCAAGGCGCGCAUGCCGUACGCGCGGAGCGUCCCCAACCUGCACGCGUUCCCGGCUCAGCUCCCCGACCACGGCGUCGUGUGGGACUCGCUCCUCAAGCGCGACAAGUUCGUCCCCCACCCGUCGGGCAUCUCGUCGCUCCUGUUCGGCUUCGCGCAGCUCAUCGUGCACUCGAUCUUCCAGACGGACCCGCGCAACGGCGAGGUCAACGAGGCGUCGAGCUACCUCGACCUGAGCCCGAUCUACGGCAACAACGCGGCCGAGCAGGCGACGCGCAUCUUCCUCGUGUCGCCGAGCUGCGUCGCGCUCGCCAUCCUGUUCUCGCGCAACCACAACGACAUCGCGCAGCGCCUGUUUGCCGUCAACGAGCAGGGCCGGUACGCCGAGUGGGACUCGCUCGACGACGAGGCCAAGAAGCGCCAGGACAACGACCUGUUCAACACGGCGCGCAACGUCAACUGCGGGCACUUUGUCAACGUCAUCUUCCAGGACUACAUCCGCGUCAUCUUGAACCUCAACAAGACCGACUCGACCUGGUCGCUCGUGCCGACAGGCGAGAUCAAGUCGCUCCUCGGCGGCCGGCUCGCUCGUCGCGAGGGCAACCACGUCUCGGUCGAGUUCAACAUCCUGUACCGCUGGCACGCCUCGUCGAGUGAGAAGGACACCGAGUGGCUCGAGGGCCUCAUGCGCCAGUACAACGGCGGCAAGCCCUUCUCCGAGAUGACGACCGAGGACUUCCAGGUCGCGGCGCGCAAGGCGCUCGACGACAUGAAGGGCGGGCCCGAGACGUGGACCUUCCUCGGCCUCAAGCGCACCGAGUCGGGCGCUUUCCGCGACGAGGACAUCGUCAAGGUCCUCCUCGAGGCGACCGACAACGUCGCGUCGGCGUUCAAGGCUCGUGCGAUCCCGGAGGUCAUGCGCGCGAUCGACCUGCUCGGCAUGGAGGCGGCGCGCAAGACGUUCCGCGAGUUCCUCGGCCUCAAGAAGUACUCGUCGUUCGAGGAGUGGAACCCGGACAAGGACGUGGCGCGCGCCGCCGAGAAGCUGUACCAGCACGUCGACCACCUCGAGCUGUACCCGGGCCUCAUGGCCGAGGAGCCAAAGCCCUCGAUGAACGGCUCUGGCCUCGCUCCCGGCUACUCGAUCUCGCGCGCCAUCCUGUCGGACGCCGCCGCCCUCGUUCGCGGUGAUCGCUUCUUCACGACCGACUACAACGCGGGCAACCUCACGUCGGCCAUGUGGGAAGACCUCAAGCCCGAGCUCGACAACGGCUCGUUCGGCGGCGUCAUCGGCAAGCUCCUCAUGCGCCACUUCUCGGCCCACUUCACCUACAACUCGAUCUAUGCCCUCUUCCCGUUCUCGACGCCGCACACGACCAAGGCCAACCUCGAGCACCUCGGCAUCGCGUCCGAGUACGACUACCGUCGCCCGUCGACCCCUCCCGCGUGGAAGCGCCUCACGUCGUACGCCGACCUCAAGCAGGUCCUCGAUGACAAGGGCCAGCGGCUGUCGAGCGUGUACGGCCCUGCGCUCGACGAGCUCACGCAGGCCAAGCAGCCGUCGAUCCUGAGCUACCUGCGCCUCGGCGACUCGUCCAAGGGCCGCGACUCGGCGGCCGACAUCCUCGAGCUCGCCCUGUUCCCGCCUCACUGGGCGCAGACGGCGCUCGUCGACCUCGGCGACGUCACCAAGCGCACGCUCGAGGAGCACAAGUUUGCGUACGGCAAGGACAAGUUCCGCAUCGACGUCGUCGGCGACGUUGCCGUGCCCGUCGUCGUCGAGUACCUCGCCGACCUGUUCGGGAUCCCGCUCAAGUCCAAGUCGAACCCGCUCGGCCUGUUCACGGUCGACGGCCUGUACGACGCCCUGACCGACUUGUACGCGUUCGUCUACCUCGACUUUGACCCGACCGUCGCCUUCAAGCUGCGCGACCGCGCGCGCAAGCACAGCGAGCUCCUGCGCGGCAUCAUCCUCAUGCGCCUCGGCCAGACCGAGUUCAUCCCGGACCUCGCCGGCGACCUCCUGCGCGACUUCAAGCGCGUCCUGACGGGCAAGGGCUCGGGCGGCUACGUCCUGUCGGACCGCUCGCGCAAGCUGUACAAGCGCACGACGCAGAGCGACCGUCCGAUCGACGAGCUCGCCGGCGUGCUCCUCACGGCCCUCAUCCGCCUCGUCCAGGUCGUGCCUCAGGUCGCCAACGUCGUCGACUUCUUCCUCGAGCCGUCGCGCCACAAGGACCUGCAGCACGUGUGCCACGCCGCUCAGCAGCAGGUCGGCAUGGCCAACGACUCGCUCAUCAUCAAGUACGUCCUCGAGGCGAUGCGCCUGCAGCCCUCGGUCACGGGCAUCGCGCGCCGCGUCAAGGGCGACGCCGACAAGAAGCCGAACGAGCUCCUCUGGGUCGACCUCGUCUCGUGCGGCCGAGACGACAAGGUGUUUUCCGAGCCCGACAAGGUCGACGUCACGCGCGACGCCAAGCUGUACCAGCCCCUCGACAAGGCCACGUCGGUCGUCAACCAAGAAGGCGAGUCGUACAACGUCCCGCUCGUGUCGGGCAUCGUCCGCGAGCUCCUGACGGUCAACUCGCCGUCGCGCCCGUCGGGCUCCGAGGGCCAGCUCGGCGUCGUCGAGGGCCCGCUCGGCCUGCGCGUGUACGCGCGCGACGAGACGAGGCAGCGCCCGAGGGCCUUUCCCGGCCGCAUGAUCGUCGCGUUCGAGGGCGUCAAGGGCAAGCGCUGA